CCGCAAGAGGAGAGAGAGGCGACAGACAGACGAGCCGCCGACAACAUUUGGACCUUCUCUAACUUCUGGAGCACUUCUCUCAGCGUUUGGACCGUCUUUUACUCCCACCAUGACACUUUUAACGGACGGACAAACGUUUUACCGGCUGAGGAGCUGAACUGAGGCAAAACGGAAGUAGUUGUUGUUUGGGGGGAUAACGGACAAAAUAAACCCCCGAAGAAGUGACUUUCUUGUGUCAAGUUCAAGUCACCUCGUUUCAUCUUUCUGGAGGGAUUUCGGUGUGUGUUGGGGGGGCAUGGACACCCACGUUAAGGAGGGACAGCUUUAUGUGCAGCAUCAAAAGUUUGGGAAGAAAUGGAAGAAGAACUGGUUCGUCCUCUAUCCUGCCAGCCAAAACGGCAUCGCCCGCCUUGAGUUCUUCGACUCGCCCUCGGGUGGAGGAGGCGGGGUCGGCGGAGGCUCAGGCAGCGGGUCCAAUGAGAAAACCAAGAAGCUGGACAAGAAGAUCAUCCGCCUGUCGGAAUGCAUUUCCAUCCUGCCGGCUUUGACGGAAAGCUGUCCCAAAGACAACAUGGCAGCGUUUUGCGUGGAAACAAAUGACAAGAUGCACGUGUUUGCUGCAGAAAAGAACGCUGCUAAGGACUGGAUGGAUACCAUGUGUGACAUUGCAUUUCAGGGGGGAAGCGGCAGCAGCAGCAGUGGAGCUACAGACUCUAAUGGAGGACCACAGGACCUGCAGAUGUCUGAAAAUCUCAUCUACUACUCCAGAGAAGAGGUAAAUGAGUUCUGGGUGAGCAUUCAACGUACUGAAGCAUCUGAACGUUGCGGGCUUGCGGGAAACUACUGGCUGAAAGCUGAAAAUGACGUCUUGAUCCUGAAGGAGCCAAAGACCAAGAGGAACGUUCUGGUGUGGCCAUACAAGCUGCUGAGGAGAUAUGGGAGAGACCGGGUGAUGUUUUCCUUCGAGGCGGGCCGCCGGUGCGACUCAGGCCCUGGAAACUUCACCUUCGAGACCAAGCAAGGCAACGAGAUCUUCAUGUUGGUGGACCAGGCCAUCCAGUCGCAGAAGGCUCUGGCAGAGGAGCGUCACCUCAGCUGUCCCAUGAACUUUGAUCCGGACUGCCCGACAUCGCUGCAGCACAUACGCAACGCUGGCUCUGGUGGCAUGACGGCGGGAAGCGGAGACAGCAGCAGCUGCAGCAGUCGGGAGGCUGACGGAGAUUCGGGCGGCAGCAAACCAGGCUCGGCUGACGGUGUGCUCGGGAAGAGAGAGGGAGGAGAUGGAGGAGGAGGAGGAGUGAGGGGGCAAGGAAGUGGAGGAGGACAUAAAGGGAGGAGUUUACCAGACCUGCCAACAAUGCUGGGAGUUUUGGGAGGAGGAGGGACGCCUCCACCUCCCAGAGGCCAUGCAGGGAAAGGUGUGUCGUCAGCUGAUGAACAUGCAGGUCUUUAUUCUGAGCCAGCAGAUUCAGUCCGUCUGCCUCUGCACAGUGCUGACUGCCUCUAUUCUGACCCAGUGGACAGCAUCAAGGGUCAGAAUCAAACCGGCAACCCAACCUCCCCACCGCUGCCCACUCCACGCCUCCGACCAGUAGGAGACGACGCCUCAGGAGGCGGUAUCCAAGGAGAUCAUCACCACCACGCAGGGAGCAACCACAGGAAGCCACCUGACCUGUACUCACAUGUGUACGACCGGAUCAGCCUGGAGCUGAACCAGAAAACAAGCGCGCUGAAUCUGAACGGAGCUGCGGGGGUAGGAAGAGGGGGAGGAAGAGGGGUCAACAGUAACAGGCGACCCCCAGGAGGUCAAGCAGAAGGGGCUUCAUCACUUCCAGCUUCUCUGGAGCACAUAUAUGACGAACCAGAGGGCUGCGCAAAAGGAAGCAUCAGCCUGCCUGCAAGCUCAGGGAAGAGUAUUUACGAUGAGGCCCGUGUGGAGCCUCACAGCCAGAGGAGACACGAAGAGGUGGCGGCUCCAUCAGGACCGGAGGGGAAUUACAGCACCCUUACUCAGGGGAAGCUGUCGGAGCCCCAUAGACACUCUCCUCCACAGCUGGGCCUGAGCCGCGGCACGCCACAACCUCCAGCACCCCGGUGGCCCAAACCCGUCACCGCUCCCAAGCCGGGGAAGGGCCCUUUCGCUCGGAAGGAGCCGGUGCCGCUGCCCCCUGGGAAACACGGAGGUCCCGGCAGUAAUGUGAAUAACAACAACAACAUCUGGGGAGGCGGUGGAGAAGUGAAGGAGCUGUACAGCAAAGUGUCAAAACAGAAGCCUCUUCCUCCUAAUCUGUGGUACAGCCAGCACCACCAGGCACGACUGAGAUCGCCUGAUAUCAUCUAUGACAAUCUGGGAGAUAUUUGACUUUGUUCUUUUUCUACGACGCUGAAAAACAAACCUUUUUCCUGCCUGUGUUCUUCCAGUUUUUUGAGAGGACUAAGCACAUUUCUCAUUUCACAUUUCUUCCAUCUGUGGACUGGAAUAAUUAUUUGAGACAGUCGAUUCAUUCGGAGUGGAUUAGCUCACAACUAUGAGAAAACCACAUUACGGCUGCAUUUUGAUACAUGGAGCGCAGCUAUCGUAGGGCCACCCUGUGUGUGUGUGUUUGAGAAAGAGAGAGAGAGUGUUUGCAUGGUCAAACCCAUAAUUGGCGUACCAAGCCACAGUGUGGUCGGAGCCAGCCACUUGAACACACACACACAAACACACACAAACUGUAUGGCUUUGCCAGAAGGACUCGGCCUAUGGGCUUCACUUUAACAAGCUGAGAGAGCGGCUUGGCUCUACAAAGUCUGCUGUGCUUAUGAAGUGACUGGGAAACAUGUUUUUGCACUGCUGCUUUUCUGUUUCUACGAAAUGUGAGACAAUGUGACGGCCAGGAGUCAUUAUUCGACAGGUUUGGAGUGUCUUUGAGGCUUCACCAAACGGAGCUGAUACUUUUAUGUUUGUGUUUUCUGGACUGACUUUUUGCCUUAAAUCUUACUGAUACAAGCAGAUUUACUUUUUCAGCCCAGGACACUAAUAUAAGACGUGGCUGCAUCUUAGGAGCCAACAUUUGAAGAAAAAAAAUCAUCAUUGUUGGCGCUGAUGGUGCAUGACAAGUGGGACUUUAAGAUCCUGUUUUGGUUUUGAAACAGUCAUAAAUGGGUCAUAAAGUGGUCAUAGGUUUCUGUGUGGCCGACUUCCUGCACAAGAUAAUAUUUUUUUUUAAUCCUGUUAUGGUUUUAUGUAUAGAAAAACUAAAUAAGAAACUAAUCAAUCCCCUGCAAUGUGUCAGUAUGUAUGUGUCAGAAACAGCUGUGCUGUCUGUAAAUAUAACUAAUAAUAAAAGUGCCUCUAUAAACUUUAAAUAUUUCUCCAAAGUGAUCUUUAAACAAGAGAACUCCCUUAAUUGCUGCAUUAGCAUGUCCUGUCAGUGUGUUUGUCCCGCCAGGAGCCAAUCAGACGCUGUUAUUCGUGUUUAAAAGACUUUUCUGUUCUGGACCAAACAGGACAGUAAAACAGUCUGACCUCAUCCUAAACUUCUCUCCCUCUGCCACGCUCUGUUUUUGUUGUUUCAGUCGGUUUCCAACCACUUAAUCACACUGUUAAAGCUGAGCCGCAAGAAACGAAACAAAGAUGUUCUUUCUUGCUUUCUUUUCUUCCUUCCUUCCUUUCACCAUCUCUGCAUUAAUUCUGUUGUUCGGUUGCUCUGGUGACCGCUAAUGGCGGCUGGUUUGUGUCGGACACGCCGUGCAUUUUAACUGAGAGAGAUACCGUAAGAGGAAGGCUGGAAUACAACAUGGAAACAGGAGAAAGGCGGAGGGAAAAAACAGCUAAUUGACAUUUUGAAGAAUGCAGGAGAGAGAAGGGAACACGUUGGUGUUUAUCCAGAGCAGAAGAUGACGAACGAGUGAGAAGAAAAGAGAUGAAAAAGAUGCUGACAGGAUGAAUGCUGGCUGGAUGAACCUGUCGGUGUCUGGUUGGCUUGCAAACAGGUGGAAGCUGAAUUAGUGAGGAUGACUCCUGCUCCUGUCAUCUCUAAGCUCCUCACACAUCUUUACCUGCACAUGAGGAAAAUCACUCCUGUAGAAUGCAGAUGUUCAGAGGGAGAUGAUGCCACAUCUGGUCCAGCUGAUGGAAGGUCUUGAAGUUCUCUGACUGGCCUCGACUGAAGAUGGUCGUCUCACUGGAUUUAAGGUUCAGAUGCUCAGUAACAAACUCCACCAAUGAGCCAACAGGGAAGCUUGAGGUUUAUUAAAUGUUGCUAUGAAGGUAUCGCUGUUUUUCUUAGUGAAUGCAAUGUGCUCCAACUGAAACUUGAAUUAGAACUUAGAAGUAAAUCCUUCCAUCUGACAGGAUUUAGUUGCAUUAAUAACCUCAUAACAUUCUAAUUUUUAUUCCAGUCUUGGUUGAAAAUAGAAUCUCUGUAUUGAUUCAGGUAAAAACUGAACUUCACAGCAUGUUGGAGCAAAACAACCAGAUGAAAACUGUGAUGGUGUUGGAUUGUCAGACCGUAAUGUUGCAGCUCAAAGCAGCUUUUCUAUCUCAGUUCAUUCUGACAUUCAGCUAUGAAUCAACACAGCAGAUGGUGAUCCAUGCUGUGGAAGUCUCACAUCUCCUGAUUUAAUGGAGCUGCUUUGCACUUUUUACACUGUUUAUUCACCAACACUUUAUUUAAUAAAAGUCCCAUCUAGUUUUUAUGAGGAAUGUGAUGUUUUAAUUUCUCUGUGAAUAACUGCAGUCUAAUGCAACAGCUGGAGUUGUAACAUCUGUCCUGAUAUUGAUCAUGAAGUAUUGAUCAGAAUACUUAUGAUUAGCAGUCAUCCCUGAAGUUUUACAUUAAAAUCUUUACUUGUGUUGUGAACUUUGGUAAGAAGCAGAAACUUUAGCGUUGCCAUGGAUACAUGAGUGUUAAAUUCUGUCCAUGUUUCCAUUUUGGGAAAUUCAGUCCAGUUCCAGAAUGUGGAGGAAUUUAGUCUCAAUCACAGUCAACAAAUAUUAUCUGAAAGUCGGGUUAUUGUUGUUUAUCAGCACAAUAGAAAAAAGAUUAAUGUUAGAAAUAUUCCAGUUAAGACUCUAGAAUAUCAUGAUUUAUGUAAAUUUACCUCAAUAAUAUGAAUGUUCAGUUUGAUUGUGCAGUGAUUUUUAUUCUGUAAGUUCAGCUGAUUAAAGUUUGACUCUGCACUACAAUAUUAUUUAUUAUUUAAAUUUACAUCAUUAUUAUAAUAUUUAGGGUCAGACCCUACAGUAUUGAGAUUAAGAAAUCAAAUAUUCUAUAAAAUGUAAAUAUACUGAACUCAUUUGGAUAUAUUUAAGUGAGACUCUACAAUAUUAUUUGACACAAAUGUAUCUAAAUCAAAAUUUUAAUAAUUUUCAUGCCAAACAUUUACUGGACUGAUUUAAAUAUUAAAAUCACUCCUUUCUAAUCCUCUGCUGUACGUUCAAACCUGAGGCCUUAAAUAGAAACACACAAGUAUCUGAUUGAAGGAACUUCUGCAGAGUCCUGGUUCCAGAACAUGAUGAUAGAAUUAUAGACAAACUUUAACAAAAGCUGCCUGAGAGUUUACAGGUUUUUAUGUUGGAUUUCUUCAGUAAUUUAAUGAGAUUUAUCAGCAAAAAUCAAGUGUUCAUUUGAUGAACUUCAUUUCCUAAAACAUCCAGAAUUGGAGCUCAUAUCUUUGGCAGUUGUAAAGUUUCUGCUCCUUCAAAGUUCACAACACAAUAAAUGAAUUCCUAAAACACUCUCAAUGCUGGAGAGUGUUUGAUGCUGAAGCAGUGAUCAGUUUUUCUGUUUCUUCUCUGGAGAUGCACAAUGAGGGACGUCUGCAGUGACUGAGAAAGAGUCUCACCACAUCCUGACAUGAGGAAAAAGACUUUAUUGAAGACUACAAUGAGAAAAACUAUCAGACAGCAGACGGCUGCAUUCAAGGUGAGCUCUGAACAUUUGAUCUGGAACAGGAAUUCAGUAACGGCAGCAUGAGCUUCAUUUCAGUCUGUAGCUGCUGAAUUCAUGGAUGAAUCAUCUGGCACUAGAGAGGAAGACCAUCAAAUAUCCACGUCAGCUGAUGGAGGUCCAAGAGUCUCACCCAACAACCAACCUACAGAGUGAAGACCUUGAAUCUGAUUGGACGGCCUCCUAUUCAGCCACAUGCUACAGGAGGAGUCCUACGAGGACGAGCCGGUCCACCUGAUGGAGGCCAGUCGCUGCAGUUCAAAGCCAACACCGACUAUGUGGACUUCUACUGGACCACACGGAGGCCUUCAAACCGGACCAACAAGUUCAGCGACUCCCCGACUCGUGGGUCUGAGGACGCCGCCAAGCCUCGGUCCAGCCGGCCUCCUGUCUGGGUGUUUGAGUGCUGAGAGACUUGACCGUGAAUACCAUUGACACCCACCUGAGGGAGACGCUGUCUAAGAUCUCAAGGCUGCUUGGUCGUGGUCUUUCUGGUCCUGCUCCAGAACGCCUUCAUCAACUACGUCUUCUAUUAAAGAGGCCCUCAGAUGCUGCAAUCUCUGACCUUAAGGAGGAACUGCUACUUUCACUCUGUAACGAGACGGUGAUUAUUUUAAAGACCCAGCUCCUGGCGGCUUUGAGUGAAAAUUUAACAUCCAUCAAAACGGAACUACAGACAGUUAAAUCUGAGCUGUCAGUCAGUAUUUCAAACAUCAAGUCCGACCCGGCUGCCCUAAAGCACGCUGUGGGUGAAACGGAAACUUCACUCUCCACAUCACCGACGACAUCGUCACACUCCAAAGCAGAGCACCUGUCUGCUGAACUUUUAAAAGUGGACUAUAAAUGUGAACAAUGUGAGCAGCAGCAGACUGUGAGCAGCAGAACAGAUGUAAUCAGAAAGAAGUCAUUUUCUUUUUUCUUUUCUUUCUGGUUGACUUGAUGCUGUCAGAUGCAGAUGUUGGAGCUGAUUCUGAUCUUUCAGGAUAAAAAGCUGCUUUUCCUUCACAGACUUUUCAGGAAAUUAUUCUCUGAGGUUUUCUCUGCUAUUUAUAUUUUUAUUAUCUGUGAUUAUUUCAUUAUUUCUUUAUUGUAAAAAUAAAGUUUGAGGCAUAAAGACUCAUUUAGUUAUUUUAAUCCUGAAAUCUUUGAUGUAGCAGAACUAAACUUCCAUUUUCCUUCGUGUACUUCUGAUACUAGAACUAAACGUAUCUUCAACAUGGAUAAUCUGCUUUUAAUGAAUCAGCAGCAACAUCACAACAAAUGAGACAAUUUUCAACAAAUUAAUGAAAUUGAUGUCAUUUAAAACUAUCAGAGUCUGUUUUAGUGUCAAAUUGAAGCUGAUUACUGACAACUACAACAUUAACGUUACUGUUUUAAUCACAUUUAAGUUUCCUGAACGUUACAUUAAUGUCAACCAGCCACAGUUUUAUGAACUUGAUGAACCACAUUACAGUAACACAACACACUUCAGCUGUUUACAUGAAACUCAACACAUUAGCUUGAUGCUACGUUAGCUUUAAUCAGGCUACGACUGAGCAGCUAGCUCGGUUAGCAUCGCUAACAUUAAAGCUAAUAUUUACUAUGCUAACUUUCUUCUCUGGUCAACACACACUGAAACAAACUCCACCAACAUCUGGAGUGCAUGGCACACAUUACACCUGACACUAAAGCUGCAUAUAAAGUGCAUUAAAAGCGGCACCGAUAUGAAAAUAAACAUUUACUUACCGAACUAUCAGAGUCCUUUCAGUGUUUGCUGGUAGAAUCAGCUGAAGGUAGAAAACUGGUUAAAACAAGCCAACGGGCAGGAAAACUGUCUGUGGAAAAUGUUCUGCUGCUUCACCGAUAAAUAAACCAACAGUUAUUAUAUCAGAAUUAAUCCAAACGAGGAGAACAGAGUCUCUGCUGCCUCCUCCAUAGGACCUGUCAAUCAUUCCAUACCGGACUGUCAAUCAAGUAGUCCCGCCCCCUGGCUUUGCAAAACUUUAAUGCUCUAUAAAAAAAAAUCAAUAUUGAUUUAUUUUAAGAUCAGCCACCUGAUCUCUCAUUUUGACCAUGAAAGCUAACGAAAAAAAUUUAUAUACAGUCUAUGCACCGUACUCUGUUUGGCUCCACACUUGCUGAUGACCACUUCCGGUCUCAGAAAAUGAAAAAACGAACCUUUUUUCGUUUUUGUCUCUAAAGCCGCGAUUCCACAAGCAUCUACUCGGCGCGGUACAGCUCACCACUAUUGUAUUUGACUCGGCUCGUCUCGGUUUAGUUGUUUUUCCAUUUCGCCUCGUCGUGGGUGGAGUCGUCAUAGCACGGCGAGCCGAACGUCCCUUAACGUCAUUUGUGUGCGACACAAACGCAACAUAACGGAGGCGAUGGUACACCUGCUGCUCAGUCUGUGGCUUUCUGUCAGAUUCACAGUAAAAGAAGAAUCGGAGAAAGCUGAGAACGGCGAGUCGAAACACUCAGGAGACACACAGGAGAGUUUGGGAGGCGAUGCAGCAGCAUCAAGCUGAAAACAAGAGGAUAUGAACUAUGAUAUGAGGAUGCUCUCUGAUGAGACUUCAUGGGAUUUACCUGAAGCAGCAGCACAUGAGCCUGCAGUGGCACAAGGUGUAGAGGAGGAGGACAGAGAUGUACAGGAUGCACUGAUGCACUACGUGUCAUGCAAAAGUUAAAAGUUGUUCUUCUUGUUAUACUUCUGUUUUUCUGUCCCCGGACCGCUAUUGUUUUCUUUAAUGCAAUUCUGACAAUAAACUUUUGUAGAUGUGUCUA